AUGCCGAAAGCGGCACUCAACGGGCUGGGAAGUCGUGUUCCAGGUGGAGGUGGAGGUGGAGGUGGAGGUGGCUGGGGAGGACCGGACUUUGAGCCACCACCCUCGGCUUCAGGCGACGUUGCUUCCGGGUUCUUUUUGGAGGGGCCGUCUACAGAGGAGGCGGAGACGGAGUCUAGAGCCGAGGAGGACUCUAGCCGCGGGUUUGAGACUCCGGAGGAGGAUGGGCGGCCGAAGCCACUGAAGAUUCGUGGGGAAGCGAGAGUCCCCGACGAGAGGAAGGAGCCUAAGACCCAUGAGGCGAAGACCCUUAUUAUUCCUGCUGGCCCUGACAAUUGGACAUUUCCUCCGGGGGUCAAGGGGCGCCAGCCUAGCAGCAUGAUUGGAGCUUUGCUUAGGAAGUUCUGUGUUUUUAUCGUGUGGCGCCCGAUAUUGCCGGGACGGUGA